ACAGCUCCUUUCGAGGUGAUUUUAUAAUCCACGGCUGAUCGAGAGCCGAGCAGCCGAGGAUUAUAAUUUCGGACGGCCGUCCGAUAAUCAUCGAUUCGGCUGUAAAAGCCGAAUAUUUCAUCAUGGCGACGAAAUUUGAUCUGAAGAUCGGUGGCUAUCCCCCGGAAUACGAUGCUGCGAAACAUGGACCGUACAAUCCUGCGCGCUAUUAUGGAAAACCCGACACCCCAUUCUUGGAUCUGAAGGUCAGCGAGAUCCCCGCUUGGAUUGCGCGACGUCAGAAGACUCCUCAGGCAAUUGUAGGAGCUUGUUCAAGAGCGUUUUGGCGUUGGCAGCAUAAGUAUAUACAACCCAGACGAAGUGGUAUAGCUCCAUUCUUCCAUGUGGCAGUUGGUGGUAUGAUUGCGUUCUACCUAAUGAAUUACAAGAAACUACGUCAUCAUAAACAUUACAAAUAUCACUAAUUGUAUUAUUAGACAUCUCUAUUA